AAUCCCACAGGAGAAUGUUCUUCAAGUUCAAACGGUCAUCUUUUCUCCUUCUUCCUCUCCAUCUUUGAGAUCAGAGAGCAGGGAGUAGAAAUGCAGCUGAUCCUUCACUUCCAAUCUCAACCGGUCCUCGCCAAGCAAUCUCUUUGCUUCUCCUACCCAUUUGUUAAAACCAAAACUUCGCUUCCAAGCAAUCUCUUUGCUCCAAAAUCUCCAAUUUUUACCAUUCCACUCUCACGCUAUCAUCAAAUCCAGACCCACAAUCCAAUUCUAUGUGCGAGGAAGAACAAACGCCGCAAUGGGUCUCAAAGAUUAACAAGAUUGCUGCUCCAAUUGAUGCCGGCCAUCGUUUCGAACUUCAAGAUACUGCCUCAACCGCUGGAUCUGGUUGUUGAAGAAUUCUGCAGCGGAGACGGCAGUGGAGGGGGUCUGGGGAUCUGGAAGGGGUUCGGAGGCGGCGGCGAUGGGUUCGGAAGAAAACGAAAGAGGAAGUCUUUGUUGCUGUUUCUGUUAUAUGGGGUUCUGGUGAUUUGUGGGUUGGGAUUGUUGUUUGGAGGAGAUGUUGAAAGCAAUGUGCUUUUCUGCGGAUUGGGAUUUGGGCUCUCUGGGGUUGCUAUGGUUCAGUGGUUGGACAAGAUCGGUAUUUUUGCAAUCUUUUUUGGGGGUGUUUUGGUGGGUCUAGGGUUUCAGAGAGAGGAAUUGCAGAAAUUGGGUUUGAAGAUUAGGGCUUUUUGUCCCGCAAUGGAAACUGUUACUCGGAGAACAAGAAGAAGAAGUGGAAGACGAGCAUUCUGAGAGACAGGAGAGAGAGAGCAGGUUUUUUUUUUUAAUUUUUUUAAUGGAAUCUUGUAAUUUUUUUCCUCAAACACUACGAAAUAUGAGAUGUUACCAAUUUUGCAGUGAA